GAGAGUUCGACUGAAGUCUCGCCCUUCGCCAGAGAGUUUUGAGGACACAGCUAGGGGUUAGAUAUUGAGAACAUUAUUUCCAUGAAAAAUGGGGAACAUGAUGUAUGCAUAUGUUUCGCACCCAGACACGGCUCCUAACAUCAACAAACCUCCAUCAUUUGAUCCCCUUUUGGGCUUUGAAAACGGACGGAAAGAAAGAACUGUCAAGGCAACAAGGGAGGAGUUAGAUCAGGCCAGGAUACCCCUAGAAAAACGGGAUUACUGUGUAGACGACUUCAUGGCAUUUAUGAAAUGCAGAGACAGCAACUUCCCAUUUGUUCUAUCAAAGUGUUCCCAUGAGAGGCAUGUGUAUGAGGAGUGUGAAUACCAGGAUUUUGUCUUGAGGAUGAAGGAAUACGAGAGAGAAAAGCGAUUGUUGGAAAGACAGAAGAGGAUACAACAGAAAGAUGCAGCAGAGGAACUAGGAGAUUGAUGCUUGGAGGGGGCACCUGUUUUAUAAUCUGUACAUACAGGAUAUAUCCAAGUGUAUACAUGAGGCUGUGUGUAGAUUGUCAGAUCCAGGCACUCGGUGUUGUUAUAUGUGGACAUGACACAGAGAAACUGGGUAGUUUUUGGAUUUCAUUCAGUGCUGUUAAAUAUAUUAUUUUGAACUUAUGACUGCAUUUGUGAUGAUUUUAGUGUCAUGUUCAUCAUGAGGUCUCUUCAUUGUUAGAUAAAUGGGAAAACAAUGAAAAAGUGUCCAUUAAGCAUGUUAAAUGUCUGUAAGAGUACAAACAUCAUCCUUAGAAUUGUUUGCCUCGACAAUAACAUGAGUGCAUGCUUGUCCGUUACCAACAGUAAAUAUUCCCAGCUUA